AUGAGUAUUCAGCAACCAGCGACUGCCAACACAACAUCUGCCGGACAUGAAGUCUUUGAGGGAUAUGCUGCGAAAUUUACGGACUCAACGCAAGAUAUAAAGUCCAAGCUUCAAGCAGCAUGCGACAUUCGAGACUCGGUUGACCAGUUUGGGCAGGCAGAAGCGCAGAAAUUCUCUCCUGUGGUCCUGCCUGCCAUGCUGCAGGUCUUGAGGGAAACACCACCUGCAUUCAAAAAAGAUAGCUCUGAGCAUCAACUGCGAAAUGCGAUCCUUGAGGUAUUCCACCGACUGCCUGUAUCCGAGCAAAUGAAGCCGAUAUACUCGGACAUGGUCAGCUUGACCACUCAGAUACUACGGGAGGACAACGAAGAGAACGGCGUUCUCGCAGUCAAAAUCAUGCUGGACGCCAACAGGACAUUUAAGCGGGACAUGGACCCCCAUGUUCAAGGAUUUCUGGAUUUCGUUCGGGACCUGUACUUGAACAUGAAGCAAACUGUAACAGAGUUACUUAGCGAGGACUCUCCCGGCCCGCCGCCCUCGCAGUCAAACAUGAGCAUCAACACGUCUUCAUCCUCUUCAGGAGAACAGCCAGAGAUGUUGAGAGCAAUCGCAAGUUUCAAGGUCCUGACGGAGUGCCCCAUUGCUACGGUGUACUUGUUCCAGAUGCACCGUAACACCAUACCUUCGGCUGUUAAAAGCUCCAUACCUCUCGCCAUGGAUUUUCUACAACUACAAGCACCUCCGCAAAAACAUGCGCAUGACGAAGCCAACGAAAGAAACGAGCAUUGGAUCGGAGUUUCCCCUGCUAUCAAGCAUCGCGCCCAUUACAUUGAUUUUAUAACAGCCCAAGUCAAGACCUUGUCGUUCGUAGCCUAUGUUUUACGGGGAGCAAUAGAAUCUCCGGUCCGUCAAUACGGAGAAAUUAUCCCUCCUCUGUGCGUUCGGCUCCUCAAGGACUGCCCGCCAGAGUCAGCAAAUAUUCGCAGGGAGUUAAUGGUGGCAACGCGUCAUAUUCUCUCGACGGAAUUUCGUCCAGCGUUUGUUCCGCUCAUUGAUUGUUUGACGAGCGAACAUAUUCUCAUCGGGACGGGCGUCAAUAGUCAAGAGACCCUCCGGCCUCUCGCAUAUAGCAUGCUUGGUGACUUGGUUCACCACGUUCGCAAAGAGCUUUCUCCAGAGCAACUUCGCAGAAUCAUUUAUCUAUAUUCGUGCUGCCUUCACAACCCUUCGUUCAGUUCGACUAUCCACAAUAUGUCUGCCAAACUUCUUGCGAACCACGUAGAUGCCAUUUUGGAAAAAUAUCCGAAGCCAGAGGCUGCAUCCACACUCUUGGCGCUCUUGGAAACAUGCGUAGACAAACUCGGCGCCGUCUGGGCAAUUCACCAACAGGUGGCAAACGCGAAUAAGGAAGCACUGGGACCGAAGGCCGACACCAAGACCGACACCAAGGCCGACCCCCAUACGAAGCCACAUGAAACCAAGGACGUGGAGAUGCAUGAUAUAGAUGCAAUGGACAUAGAUGCCCCACGACCACUAACGAAGACACUAUCUUUGGUCGACAUUGAGAGGUCCAAGCCUGUCCAGGCUGCAGCAUUCGCGUUGGAGAAUAAGGGCGAGGCGGCCAAGGAGUCAAAGGUUCUUUUUAGAACUCUACUACAUGUUUUCAAGACCGUUCUGGCUGGCAUUCGAACUAGUGAAGGUCCCGUCCCUGAUGGCGAACUGAUCCGGAGACUGUUCCAGAACUGCGUCAAGUGCUUGACGAUGUACGACGAUGGGCGUGACGGAGGCAAGGAAGCAUUUGAGAUGCUCUUGCAAGUUUUUCAUGAAAUCGAACCGCAUAUAUUCCAGGAGGUUUGGACCACGGAAAUGCAAUUCUUUAUAGAUCACGUUCAAGACCAUCAAAAUCUUCUAGCUAUGCCCCAGUUACUUCUCUCAAGUGACAUGGUCUCACACCAGUUGGUUGCAAUCCUCUUGCGUUAUCUCGUUGGAAAGCUCGAUACGCUUGGAGACCAGAGUCAGAAGAGUGCUUCGAUUACGCUCCGGCUCUUCAAGAUGUGCUUUAUGUCCGUUACGGUAUUUCCCGAGCUAAACGAGCCCAUCCUAUUCCACCACCUUAGCAAGCUUAUCAUGGAUUCUCUCCGUCUCGCCGCCAAAGCUGCCGAUCCAACCAACUAUUUCCUCUUAUUGCGCGGGUUGUUCCGAGCCAUGGGGGGCGGGAAGUUCGAGAGUUUAUACAAUGAAGUUCUGCCUUUGCUCCGGGAUAUGCUCGAAAGCUUGAAUCGUCAACUUCUAGCCGCGGAGCCAUCCAAGCAGGAUCUCUUGGUCGAGCUUUGUUUGACGGUUCCUGUGCGCCUAACCAACCUACUACCGUUUUUGGGUUUCCUCAUGCGACCCCUCGUACAUGCACUUCGAGCGGGGCCGGAGCUUGUAGCACAAGGUCUACGGACGCUUGAGCUUUGCAUCGAUAACCUGACGCAGGAGUUCCUGGAUCCUACCUUGAGCCCAGUUCUUCGCGAGCUUAUGAGCGCCCUACAUUCACACCUAAAACCCCAGCCCGGCAAUCACCAACAUGCUCAUACGACGGUCCGUAUUCUGGGGAAACUGGGUGGACGAAAUCGUCGAUUACAGCAUCAACAGCCUCAACUCGAGUAUAAGGGGUACUCGCCCGACGUCACGAUGGCUCUCAAAUUUAGUGGUACCGCUCAAGCCGUGGACAUCGGUCCCACUUGUCAGCUCGCGAUUCGCUUGGUGCAGGAAUCUAAUGCCUUCUAUCGUCAAGACGCUUUCACAUUUAUUCAGAGGGCGCUCGAAUUAUUUAUGCGUGAUGGUAUCGACGGGUCUGAGGGCGAAGGGGUUUUCUCCAGCUUAGUUGAUAGUCUUUUUAUUGCUCUUCAAGAUUCUGAGCUAGAAGACAAAGCGGCGGCCUACAUUCGCGAGUUUUCUGAAAUCGUCUUCCUAAACGAACUUAGCCAAAAUGUUGGCAACAAGGUCACCAAAAUUACAAGUCUCUAUAUGGAUCGCGUUCCUCGCCUUCUUGCUGCGACAUCCAAACAUCAUGUUGAGCGUGGGCAAGUUGUAUUUGGGGACAUGCUGAAUGAUCUACUUGCUUUCGAAACCAAGGCCGCUCCAGUUGGCAGGAAAUUGCGUGGGCUUGAAUGCAUCGUUCAUCCACUUGGGUUUAAUCUCACAGCUGCAUGUUACGAGGAAACGUGGCCCGCUAAGCUUUCUGGAUGUCGCGGAAUCAUAAUGCUAGCCGACGCUCUCGGACCCAAAUGGACCAGUGAACGAGAGAACAGCUUCAUCAGGGCCUUCUUAUCAGUACUCAAGGAAAUGCCAGCCGACCCACCUCGCGAGGUUGAAUUCAUCAAGGAAUCCAUCUUGAAGAUACUCAGACUGUGCCGUCAGGCUCCCCCAUUCGUCCCACCACCUCAACCUGGGAUGGACCCUGCUUCUCUCCCGAAACUCCCGCAUUUAGUCCCUACUCUGACCACAGAGCUUUCUAGCCCUAUUGCGCUCGUACGAGAGAUGGCGCAAAAGUCGAUCGAAUUGCUGGCCGAGUUGACUGAGUCUACACCCUCUGAACUUCUUAUGAAAUGCAAGGAACGCCUAUUGACUCCAAUCUUCGCGAAACCACUCCGAGCCUUACCUAUCUCACUUCAAAUCGGGCACAUCGACGGGAUCACGUAUGCACUCAACAUGAAGCCUCCGCUUCCAGAAAUGAACGAGGAGCUCCUGCGCUUGCUUUCAGAGGCGCUGGCUAUUGCCGACGCCGAGGACCGUGACAUUGUUGGCCCUGGAGGACGUGGUGGCCCUCGUAGCAACGCAGCAGUGCUUGAGCAACUCCGUGUAGUUUGCAUCAAACUUCUCACGUCGUCUAUGUCCGUCACCGAAUUUUUUGCAAAGCAAAUGGCCACCCGACAGAAGGUAACCAGCGUAUACUUCAAAUCCCUAUACUCACCUUCAAAUGAAGUCAAGAAAGUCGCCCAUGAAGGACUUCGUACUGUCCUGAACCACCAAAGUCGUUUACCGAAAGACAUUCUGCAGACGGGCUUGCGACCUGUGCUAAUGAAUCUAGCUGACGCGAAACGCCUCUCCGUCCCUGGUCUUGAAGGGUUGGCGCGUUUGUUGGAACUUCUGACAAAUUACUUCAAGGUAGAGAUUGGCCACAAACUACUCGACCAUUUCCGCGUUAUUGCCGAUCCUAAAAUGCUGAGCGACGCCGCGUAUCAACCCUUGGCCGAUAAUGAGGAAAUUACCAAGCUUGUUCGGUUGGUCAACAUUUUCCAUCUACUCCCUCCUGCGGCCAAUAUGUUCCUUGAAGCACUGGUAUCUCUGGUGGUACAAGUAGAGACGCAACUUCACUCUGCUUCCCCAAGCCCCUUUACCGCAGCCCUCGCCUCCUUCCUUGACCGCUUCCCUAGCGAAUCUUCCGAGUAUUUCUAUCGUAGUAUUGGACAGGCUCCGACCCUUCGAUCCCUGCGAAACGUCAUUUCUUCUGGUCUGGCCCCCAACUUGAACGCGGAGUUCAGGAACAACACGAAGCUUCUGGUGGACCAGUGUUUGAAGGACGAAACCAACAACCUCGUUCUCCCCGGCCUUAUCCUUUGUACGGAACUGUCUGCGGACCAUCCAACUUGGCUACAAGAACACCCCGAAGUACUUGACGCCCUUUUGCAUCUCUGGCGCUCCCACUUCCUCCAUGGCUCUGAAGAUAAUUUUGUUCCUGUCGAAGGAUUUGCUCGCCAUGUUUCGUUGCUCCUAAACCUACUAAUUGGAGUAAUUGAACAGUCCCCUAGAGUGGAUGUUAUAUUCGACAUUGUUUGCAUUUACGCCCACAGGGUCCCGCUCGACCUUUCGAAACUGCGGCUUUGUUUGCUGGAGCACGUUACGCUCGGGGCCUCAUCUGACCUACGAAAGCAAAUCAUGCAACGCUUCGUCGAAGUCUUUGACGGUGACACGUACAACUGGGCUCACAAAUCUCAAUUCCUCCGCCAUAUCGUGAAUCCGUUGCUAUAUGCACAGAUCAAACAGAAGGAAGAGUCCGAAUCUCCAGGAAAUACAAUCGACUGUGUGGAUUCCUCUAUCGUCAACGGCCUUCAUUCGAAAAUCUGGAAGCCAAUGACCGACCAGCCUUCCGAUCCAUUCCCCGGCUCAGACGACGGUUUGAAAAUCGAGAUUUUACACAUGUCGAGCCUAUUGAUCCAAUCCUCAUCGAGUUUGAUGCAGGAGUCGAGGAAGGAUGUCAUCAAGUGUACCUGGCAUUACAUAGUUAACGACGAUGCCACGGUAAAACAAACGGCCUAUGUGACAAUCUCCCAGUUCUUUGCUGUUUUCGACUCUCCCCCCAAGUUUCUGACUGGGGUCUGGACUGGACUCCUACGACCGGUCCACACCGACAAUCGUUCUCUCACAAAACAGGCCGUAGAUAUCAUGGUUCCGGUUUUGAUUAAAGCCGGAAAUUCUGAAAACGGGCCUCCUUCCUGGGCUAAAUCUGUUCGCCGGGCACUUAUCGACGAGGGUCAUAGCAUCCCCCAGCUUCUAGUUAUUCAUCAAAUCAUUGUGCGGCAUCCGGAAUUCUUCUAUCCUUGCCGCGAACUCUUCGUACCUUCGAUGAUUAGCUCGCUUCACAAACUUGGUACGGUUCAGACCGCAACAGCCGAAACAAGGGCCAAUGCGUUGGACGUUCUCGAAGUGAUUCUCUCAUGGGAAAGGCGCGCUGUCAAGGAAUCCAAGGAAUCCGGGGCCGGGGGCUCGAGCUCGGCCUGGGUACUCCCUUUUUCCAUGCGUGAAACGAUUAUUAGCUAUCUUGUCCGCUUUAUUACAAUGACUAGCUUGGAAGCCGAUAAACUUGGACUUCCUUCACGCGCCCUUGGGAUCUUGGAAAGUAUCUUGAAGCCCGGAGGAUGGAAGGACGUCGAUGUUCAGCUACAGUAUUUCCAUAGGCCACUCCUUCAGGUUGAUCUAAACGAGGCGAACCACUUGCCUGUUAUCGUAAAUGCAACAAAGGUCUUUUCCCUCAUUGUUCUUUCCCAAGACGACAAUUGGCUCCUCUCUCAUGCGGCCGAUUUACAUACGCUUAUCGAAAAAGGCUUGCGAAGUGAUGAGCCGACGCUACACGAAUACCUGCAGCCCGUACUCCAACGCAUGUUAGCGCUUGUAGGGGAGCCGGUCGAAGGAGAAUCUUCAACUCCUGGACAUGCCAUUUUCUCGUUCGCAGACUCCAUGAUCAAGGAUGGGCUCCAGCAUUCUCAACGACAACUUGCUGGCACCUAUGCUUGUCUGUCUGUUUUGAAAACCAUGGUCGCGGUUUACCCAGCCAAGCUCGAGGUAUAUGCCCCCCAUCUCGUGAAAGUCCUACAGAAGCUUGUCAAAGAUCACAAUGCCGCCAACCCUACAAACAACCCCGUCACGUCCGAAACUACAUCUCGUUUGGUAACGCUAAUCUUUGAAAUCUGCCGGGACAAGGUUUCAGCACUAGGUGUAGAGCGGCGAUGGUUCUUGAACGCUGUGAUACUGGUCGUUGGACACUCCCAAACCAUCAGCCUCUGCCACUAUGUCCUCGGCAUGGUUCGCGAAUGGACUCUAGUCCGCCCCGAUGUGACUCCAACUCUCAAAGAAAAGGCGGGCAUGCUCAAGCACAUGAUGGGUUUCGAAAGUCGCAACGAUACGAAGCUUCUCGAUGAUUAUCUGAAUUUAAUUUAUGACAUCUAUACUGAACCAUCGCUGAAGCGGAGCGACCUGACAACGCGCUUGGAAUCUGUCUUCCUCAUGGGCUGUCGUGCCAAAGACCCAGCGAUCCGAUGCAAGUUUGUUGAUUUAUUCGACACCAGUAUUCAACGCACUGUUUCAGCUCGCCUUCAAUAUGCUCUUGGCUCCCUGAGUUGGGAAUUCGUGGCCGAACAUUACUGGAUUCCACUUGCUUUGGACUUGGUGCUUGGUGCGACCGAAGAUGGAAGAACCGACUCACUCGUCCUUCGCGAAAAUCUUGCAAUACUUGAAUCAUCUCUCUCUCGAACAAUUUACCAAGGGACUGGGAUGGAUAUGCUGCAGCCGUUAAGACGCCUCCUCCACGCGGACAAUCAAGUAGCUCACGAAUUAUGGAUUUCCACAUUCCGCGCAGUCUGGGCAACUCUCCCGCGCCGCGAACAAAGUGACGCAGCCCGAUACGUGCUCACUCUGGUCACCAAGGACUACCAUUCUAAGCAGUGUGAUCUUCGACCCAACGUCAUCCAGUCUAUCCUUGGAGGCGUUCACGCAUGCAACCCUCCCUUAGCUCUUCCUCCCUUUGUAGUCAAAUACCUUGGGAAAACGUUCAACGCCUGGCAUAUAGCUCUGGAAAUUCUUCAAUCCGGUUUGGACCCGCAUCGUGCUGAGGAGCCUCAUGAGACUACCUACGAUGCACUUGCCGAGUUAUAUGCGGAACUUUCAGAAGACGACUUAUUUUACGGCCUUUGGCGCCGGCGCUCCAUCUUUGAAGAAACCAAUGCGGCUCUCGCCUACGAGCAAAACGGAUUCUGGUCGCUGGCCCAGCAAACAUACGAGUCUGCGCAGAUUAAGGCUCGUACAGGAGCACUCCCCUUCAAUGAGUCUGAGUAUUGUCUUUGGGAAGAUCACUGGAUACUUGCCACUCAAAAGCUUCAGCAAUGGGACCCGCUCGCUGAACUGGCGCGUAGCGAGAACAACGCUGAUCUACAACUCGAGUGCAUUUGGAGAACAACUGGGGCAGACCGCGAGCAAAUUCAGGAACUUUUGGCACAGGUAUCGGACGUCCCAACCCCUCGUCGCCGGGUCUUCGAAGCAUACGUUGCGCUGACUCAAAUACCCCCUCCGAACGAAAAGAAUAUGAACUUUUUGCGUAUCAUGGACGAGUCGAUUCAACUCUCUCUGAGGAAGUGGGUGACCCUGCCAAGUAUCAUGUCCAUGGCACAUGUUCCGCUCCUUCAGCAUUUCCAGCAAUUCGUUGAACUUCAGGAAGCGGCGCAGAUUUUCAUGUCAUUGAGCAUGACUAACGCUCAGAAUCUCGAAAAGCGAUCAUCAGAGCUCAAAGUUGUUCUUCAGGCCUGGCGUGAGCGCUUGCCCAACCUCUGGGACGACAUCAGCCUUUGGAGCGACUUGGUCGCGUGGCGUACCCACGUUUUCGAAAUGAUUAACAAGACGUAUGUGCCCCUCAUUCCUACCACUUCGGCAUCGGGGUCUUCGGGUAACAGCAACACCUACGGAUACCGCGGCUACCACGAAACCGCAUGGAUCAUCAAUCGUUUCGCCCAUGUCGCCCGAAAGCACCAGUUACCUGACGUCUGCCAUACGUCUUUGGCUAAAAUAUACACCCUCCCAAAUAUCGAGAUAUCUGAAGCCUUCUUGAAGUUGCGGGAACAAGCACGAUGCCACUAUCACAACCCAAAUACCAGCGAGCUUACUUCUGGCCUCGAAGUCAUCAAUAACACGAACCUCAUGUACUUCAACCAAUCUCAAAAAGCCGAGUUCUAUACGCUCAAGGGCAUGUUCAUUGCCAAGCUCGGCAACAAAGACGACGCAGAUCGAGCUUUCCAGCAAGCAGUGCAAAUGGAUAUGGGUUUAGCAAAGGCGUGGGGCGAAUGGGGCAAAUUCAACGAUCGUCAAUUUAAGGAGAGGCCGCAGGAAUACACACUGGCUGCGAAUGCCGUCCAAUGCUACCUCCACGCAGCGUCCCUACACAAGAGUGCCAAGUCCCGACCGAUUAUACAGCGUAUCAUCUGGCUCCUCAGCGUGGAAGAACCACAACAACCAGUCAUCUCUCCGAUUUUCGAAGGAUAUAAAGGCGACAUUGCCCUCUGGUACUGGCUCACAAUAAUCCCACAGCUCCUUGUUGCUCUGUCAUAUCGAGAAAGUAAACAUGCGCGCCAUGUCCUUAUGAGCAUUUCAAAGCAUUAUCCACAGGCUUUAUUCUUCCAUCUUCGAACUACCCGAGAAGAGUUUGUUCAGGAGAAGAAACGUCUUACAGCCAUGCAGAACGCUCGCAACGCUCGUCAGGCUCAAAACGCUGCUGCUGCCAAACCCGAUGGUACGAGCGGAACAUCGACCACUGCAGGAAGCCCACCCACACCAAAAGCCAAUGGACCCACCCCAGAUGUCACUACGCCCGCUCCCACACCCGGUGGAGGUGAUACAGCUCCAUCCAGUGAUGUAGCGCAAGCAGCCAAUACGGCAACUAUGAAUGCUCUUGACGGCGCAGUGCAAAGGGCUAGGCAACCAUUCGACCAUGUCGAAGACGUUACAAGCAUUCUGAAAACCGGGUUCCCUCUUUUGACACUGGCUCUUGAGACGAUGGUUGACCAAAUCGCGAUGCGCAUGAAGUUAAUGCCAGAAGAAGAUAUAUGUCGUCAGCUUAGCUACCUACACGCGGAUGGGAUGAUGGCAUAUAAUCGUCGGUGCAAUUCGUUGACCGAAGACAACUCGAUUCCUCAACAAUCCCAGAUGAUGGCUGCCAACUUUGCUCGAGGACUGCAACCUCCGAACGCUAGGGCUGCAUUUGAACAAGACAUUCUUAUGUCUAAAUUGACACUUCGGCAAUAUGUAGUCAAGGUACAGAAAUGGAGGGAUCGCUACGAUUCACAACCAGACCACAGUCGCACCCCCCGUAAACCCCUGCAAUCCAUUAGCCACUGGCUCGCUGAGUUCCACCACAAUAAAUUCGAAGAGCCAAUAGAAGUUCCUGGUCAAUACAUUCAACACAAGGAUUCGCCUCAUGGGUUCAUCCGGAUCCAACGGUUUGCAUCUCGUGUAGAUUUUUGCCGUAGCCUCGACAUGCACUUCCGGCGUAUUGGUUUACACGGACAUGAUGGGUCGUUCCAUACGUUUGCUGUUCAAACUCCUACCGCUCGCCAUGCUCGUCGUGAAGAACGUGGGAUGCAGUUAUUUAGGUCUUUCAAUGCCGUACUUGACCGUCGCAAAGAAACCCGCAAACGAAAUCUGAAUUUCCAUUUACCCGCAGCCGUCUCACUGUCCAGCACACUGCGACUCCUUGAAAACGAUGCUUCAUACAUAACAAUGCAAGAUAUGUUGGAACAACACUUCAAGGAGAAAGGCAUUCACCGAGAUGACCCUCAACUGCACUUCCUGGACAAACUCAAAACAUUGCGAAAUCCUGAGGGAACCAAGGUCGACUUCUUUACGCUUCGAGCCGAGUUAAUCAGUGAGAUUUCGGCCAAGCUUGUGCCAGCAAAUGUGAUUACGAACUACAUGACACGAUGCAUGCGAGGUCCCAUGGAGCUCUGGACAAUGAGGAAACUAUUUGCUCUCCAGGUGGCCGCUAGUUCCUUUAUGUCGUUCUUCUUCAGUGCGAACGGCCGAAUGCCCCAACGCUUCCACAUCUCGAGAUCAACUGGGCGAAUGUUUAUGUCAGAUUUGCUUCCUACAUGGAACAACAAGCAUCCUAUCAUUCACAACGCUGAAGCAGUGCCAUUCCGCUUUACUCCCAACAUGCAACACUUCGUUACACCUAUUGGCAUCGAAGGCUUGAUGACAUCUGGCAUGAUGGCAAUUGCUCGUGGACUGACGGAACCUGAGUAUGAUUUGGAGCAACAGCUUACCCUCUUCCUCCGAGACGAAGUUUUCACCUGGUGCACUACUGCUCAAAACACACCUCCCAUGCCUGAUCUUGGCUUCAGACGAGCGGUCCAGCACAAUGCAGAAUCGCUCGUCAAAAAGGCCGAGUUGAUGGCCUGCCGCACACAGGCUGAUACUGGCGCAUCAACACCACAGGUGCCUAUUCAAAAUAUCACAGAUCUUAUUAUUCGUGCCAGUCAAGAACAGCAACUCGCUCAAAUGGAGAUCACCUACUUGCCGUGGAUGUAA